AUGGCUGAAGAGAAGGCGGCCGGCGCUCCUGCGCUGGACACCAACAUCGAGACUGGCGGCUUCGACGAGAAGCGAGGACAAGCUGCUCCCCCCACCCACGCCCCCAAGGCUCCUGUCGCCGAAGAUGAGGAGCCCGACGAGGACAUGGACGCCCUGAUCGAGGAUCUCGAGUCCGAAGAUGGCCACGCCUUCGACGAUGAAGAAGAGACUCAGCCCGGAGGUGGCCGUGUUGUUCCUGAAGAUCAGCUCCAAACCGACUCCCGAGUCGGUUUGACCGAGGCCGAAGUUCUCAACCGACGACGCAAAUGGGGUCUCAACCAGAUGAAAGAAGAGCGUGAGAACAUGAUUCUCAAGUUCCUGAUGUUCUUUGUCGGCCCAAUUCAGUUCGUGAUGGAAGCUGCUGCUGUUCUCGCUGCUGGUUUGGAGGACUGGAUUGACUUUGGCGUCAUCUGCGCGCUGCUCCUGCUCAACGCCUGUGUCGGUUUUAUUCAAGAGUUUCAGGCAGGUUCGAUCGUUGAAGAACUAAAGAAAACACUUGCUCUCAAGGCUGUCGUCCUACGUGACGGUACUCUCAAGGAAGUUGAGGCCCCCGAGGUCGUGCCCGGUGAUAUUCUCCAGGUUGAAGAGGGAACCAUCAUCCCUGCUGAUGGUCGUUUCGUUACCGAGGGCUGCUUCGUCCAGGUUGAUCAGUCUGCCAUCACUGGCGAGUCUCUCGCUGUCGACAAGCACGCUGGUGAUAACUGCUAUGCUUCCUCCGCUGUCAAGCGAGGUGAGGCUUUCGUCAUCGUUACCGCCACUGGUGACAACACUUUCGUUGGCCGAGCUGCUGCCCUUGUCUCUCAGUCCGCUGGAGGCACUGGUCACUUCACAGAGGUUCUCAACGGCAUCGGUACUAUCCUUCUCGUAUUGGUCGUCGCUACGCUCCUUGUAGUUUGGGUGUCUUCCUUCUACCGAUCGAAUGGAAUUGUCGAUAUCCUACGUUUCACUCUCGCAAUUACCAUUGUCGGUGUCCCUGUCGGUCUUCCUGCUGUCGUCACAACCACUAUGGCUGUCGGAGCUGCCUACCUCGCCAAGAAGCAGGCCAUUGUCCAGAAGCUGUCCGCUAUUGAGUCUCUGGCCGGUGUCGAGAUUCUCUGCUCUGACAAGACUGGUACCCUGACCAAGAACAAGCUCUCUCUCGCUGAGCCCUUCUGUGUUGCUGGCGUUGAGCCCGAUGAUCUCAUGCUUACUGCUUGUUUGGCCGCUUCCCGCAAGAAGAAGGGUAUUGACGCCAUUGACAAGGCUUUCCUCAAGGCUCUCAAGUACUACCCCCGUGCCAAGAGCGUUCUGUCCAAGUACAAGGUUCUUGACUUCCAUCCCUUUGAUCCCGUCUCCAAGAAGGUUCAGGCUGUUGUUGAGUCUCCUCAGGGCGAGCGCAUCAUCUGUGUCAAGGGAGCUCCUCUCUUUGUCCUGAAGACUGUCGAAGAGGACCACCCUAUCCCUGAGGAAAUUGAUGCUGCGUACAAGAACACUGUUGCCGAAUUCGCUACCCGUGGUUUCCGAUCUCUCGGUGUUGCUCGCAAGCGAGGUGAGGGUGCUUGGGAGAUUCUCGGAAUUAUGCCUUGCUCUGACCCUCCCCGUCACGAUACUGCCCGCACCAUCAACGAGGCCAAGCGCCUUGGUCUCUCCAUCAAGAUGCUUACUGGUGAUGCCGUCGGUAUUGCUCGUGAGACUUCUCGUCAGCUCGGUCUCGGUACCAAUGUUUACAACGCUGAGCGUCUUGGCCUUGGCGGUGGUGGUGACAUGCCUGGUUCUGAGGUCUACGAUUUCGUCGAGGCUGCCGAUGGUUUCGCUGAGGUUUUCCCCCAGCACAAGUACAACGUCGUCGAGAUUCUCCAGCAGCGUGGUUACCUUGUUGCCAUGACUGGUGAUGGUGUCAACGAUGCUCCCUCUCUGAAGAAGGCUGAUACCGGUAUUGCUGUUGAGGGUGCUUCCGAUGCUGCCCGCUCUGCUUCCGACAUUGUUUUCCUUGCUCCAGGUCUUGGUGCUAUCAUUGAUGCUUUGAAAACUUGUAAGUUUCCAGUCUGCUGCCCUGUGUCGCCACCCCUUUAUGAUAAGACCUAUGCUAACAGCCCUCUGGCACGCCAAAUCUUCCAUCGUAUGUAUGCUUACGUUGUGUAUCGUAUUGCUCUGUCUCUCCACAUGGAGAUCUUCCUUGGUCUCUGGAUCGCCAUCCUCAACAAGAGCUUGAACAUUGAGCUUGUCGUUUUCAUUGCUAUCUUCGCCGAUAUUGCUACUCUUGCCAUUGCUUACGACAACGCUCCUUUCUCCCAGACACCCGUCAAGUGGAACCUCCCCAAGCUCUGGGGUAUGUCCGUCCUUCUCGGUGUUGUCCUGGCUGUUGGUACCUGGAUUGCUCUUACUACCAUGUACGCCAACUCUGAGGAUGGUGGUAUCGUCCAGAACUUCGGUAAGAUCGACGAGGUUCUCUUCCUUGAGAUCUCUCUCACUGAGAACUGGCUCAUCUUCAUCACCCGUGCCAACGGCCCCUUCUGGUCUUCCAUCCCCUCUUGGCAGCUGUCUGGUGCCAUUCUGAUCGUCGAUAUCCUUGCCACCCUCUUCUGUAUCUUCGGUUGGUUCGUUGGUGGCCAGACCAGCAUCGUGGCCGUCGUCCGUAUCUGGAUUUUCUCUUUCGGUGUCUUCUGUGUCAUGGGUGGUCUCUACUACUUCAUGCAGGGCAGCACUGGAUUUGACAACCUGAUGCACGGCAAGUCCCCCAAGCAGAACCAGAAGCAGCGAUCCCUUGAGGAUUUCGUUGUCUCUCUUCAGCGUGUCUCGACCCAGCACGAGAAGUCUCAGUAA